GGGAGGCGCAGGCGCAGUGGCAGCCCGGGUGUGGGUCACUGACGGUUGGGUUUUGAGCGGGGGCGCGAGGCCCGUUGUCAUGGAGCCGCGGCUGAGUGAGCUGUUCGGGGGUUUCCCGGGCGCUGCAGCAGGGACUAUGGCGGCCGGGGGAACCGCCGCCUCCGCCACCAGGCGUUCCUCACGGCAGACAGCCUCCUCCAACGGCCGCGCCCGGGGCCACGGCACCGGCACCAGCUCCGGCUCGGGCCGGGCUCCUGCUGCUGCUCCAGCCCCAGCCCCAGCCCCAGCCCCAGCCCCGGGCCUGACGGCAGGGCCCUCACCCUCUGGACCUUCUCAUAAAAACAACAAGGUACCGCCCGUGGCCCCGAAAGGUCCGCACAAGAAAACCCGCAACCGGCCCCGGGGCCGCAACAACAACCCGCCCUUCCUGCCGCCAGAGGCUGAAGAGGGAAACAUCGAAUACAAGCUGAAGUUGGUGAAUCCUUCCCAGUAUCGCUUUGAGCACUUGGUCACCCAGAUGAAGUGGCGAUUGCAGGAGGGUCGGGGAGAAGCUGUCUAUCAGAUCGGGGUUGAGGACAAUGGUCUCCUGGUUGGCCUGUCUGAGGAGGAGCUGCGAGCCUCUCUAAAAACACUCCGCAGAAUGGCUGAAAAGGUUGGAGCAGACAUCACAAUCCUCCGGGAGCGUAAUGUGGAAUAUGACAUGGACUCCCCGAGGCGGAUAGCUGAGGUUUUGAUCCGGAAAGUUCCCGAUGAUCAGCAGUUUCUUGACCUGCGGGUGGCAGUUCUGGGCAACGUCGACUCGGGGAAGUCAACCCUGCUAGGUGUGCUGACACAAGGCGAGCUGGAUAAUGGCCGUGGGCGAGCACGCCUGAACCUGUUCAGACAUCUGCAUGAGAUCCAGUCCGGCCGAACAUCCAGCAUCAGCUUCGAGAUCCUGGGAUUCAACAGCAAAGGCGAGGUGGUGAAUUACAGCGAUUCCCGGACAGCAGAGGUCAUCUGUGAAAGUGCCUCGAAAAUGAUCACCUUUAUUGACCUGGCAGGGCACCACAAGUACCUGAAAACCACCAUCUUUGGCCUCACAAGCUACUGCCCUGACUUUGCCAUGCUUGUUGUCAGUGCCAACACUGGCAUAGCUGGCACUACACGUGAGCACCUGGGCUUGGCCAUGGCUCUCAAAGUGCCCUUCUUCAUUGUUAUCAGUAAGGUCGACUUGUGCACAAAGGCUACCAUUGAUCGCACCGUCAAACAGUUGGAACUGGUCCUGAAGCAGCCAGGAUGUAACAAAGUUCCCCUGCUCGUGUCAAGCAGUGAUGAUGCAGUAACUGCCGCUCAGCAGUUUGCACAGUCUCCCAGCAUCACUCCAAUCUUUACCCUGUCGAGUGUAAGUGGCAUCAACCUGGACAUGCUGAAAGUAUUCCUCAAUGUGCUGCCGCCAUUAACCAACAGUAAGCAACAGGAGGAGCUUAUGCAGCAACUGACUGAGUUUCAGGUUGAUGAAAUCUACUCUGUCCCUGAUGUGGGGACAGUUGUUGGUGGGACCUUGUACAGUGGCAUUUGCAGAGAAGGGGAGCAGCUGGUUGUGGGCCCCACAGACAACGGCAAGUUCCUGCCUCUGAAAGUGUGCAGUAUCCAGCGAAACCGUUCUGCUUGUCGAGUGCUGAGAGCAGGACAGGCUGCUACUCUGGCCCUGGGCAACUUUGACAGAGCCCUUCUGCGUAAGGGCAUGGUAAUGGUGAGUCUCGAGAUGCACCCAACUGUCAGCUCACUGUUUGAAUCCGAGAUUGUACUGCUUUUCCACGCAAAGACGUUCCGUAAGGGAUUCCAGGUGACGGUGCAUGUUGGUAAUGUACGGCAGACUGCCAUUGUGGAGCUGAUCCAUGGAAAGGAGGAUUUGAGAACAGGGGAGAAAGCCGUUGUCCGUUUCCGUUUUAUUAAACAUCCGGAGUAUCUGAAAGUGGGAGCCAAGCUGCUCUUCCGGGAAGGAGUGACAAAAGGGAUUGGUCACGUGACGAAGGUUCUUGAUGAACUGAAGUGCUGAGUGCGUGUGUACUGGAGAACAUGGUUCCCUGGGAUCAUCUCACAAGGCAACGUCAGUCAACCCAAGACUGACUUCCAGCAGCAAUUGCUGGUCCCAUUCAAACACAACGUUACCUGUGUCACUGACUCAGCUUCAAGGCAACCCCAGUAUCUCCAACCCAAUUAAAGAUCAAAGCACCCUUUACCAUGUCUCCUUGCUGGAAGAAUUCUUGUCCCUGCUCUCUCAGUCCAACAUUCUCUCACUCUGUAUCUUGUACCCAUCUGCUGAUUUAUCACUUUAUGCUGCCAGGCAAAGCAGGCUAUCAAAUCAUACCUGGGAGCUUUGUCCGAUGCUCCCACCUGCUUCCUCCAGAGCUUUAGGCUGGGCUAUUGCAUUGUGCAGUCUGUUCAAUGAGGAUUUUUCACAGCCUCUAAUUCAGCAGCAAUUGGCAAAGCUAGACUCCUCGAAGUGGCAUUCUGCCAAAGUAACAGCAGAGUCCUCAAUAGCACAGAGGGACUUUGACUGUAACCCUGUGCUAUUCCUGUCCUCAGAGUUUUUGAUGGGGACAGUGUCGAGGGAGCUUUACUCUGAAUCUAACCCUGUGCUGGAACAGUCUUUUGUGGUUGGAUGUUGAGGGUGGGAUCACCAACAGGAGGGUCUCUGAUAACAAAAAGGAUCUCUUUAGUUUGCCUUGCAGCCAGUGCUGUGCACUCGGUUUCUGGUCUGCAGCUGGGGGCAUGACUUCAUUUUACUGAAUCCAGUCAGUGCCUUCUAAUGGUAGCUGUUAGUUUUCAUGUGUGAUAUAGGACAGUUCAUGUAUAUUGUGUUUCUGUAUAUAACAGAUGUACAGAGAAAUUUGUUUUAAAUAAAAGUUUAAUUCACUGUU